AUGUCAUUCAACUCAAUUGGUGCGCUAUGUUGUAAUAUUGAUGUUCAAGCAUAUAAUGUACAGUCGGCAACAGUUAGGACAAAGACUGUCAAUUCAUUGGGCGUAGACUUGAGCGUGGCGAUGGUGGAGGUGUUGUUUGAUCAAGAGUUAUACACACUCGAUUGGAUCGGUUGUGCAAACUAUACUUGUUCACCUCCACCAACUAUCGACUGUACAUGCGACUACACCGAUCCCCUUCACUGUGGCCGUCCAGCAUCCGGCCACCCCUCAUGCGCGCCCUGUCCACAAUCAUAUAACGUCACAGUGGCACAGGUUAGCGAGAUUGGCAUUCAAUCAAACACUGUAAUACAAGUGCCUUACUGUGACUACGCGAAUGAACAAUGGAUAAAGAUCGAGGCCAAUCGAACUUAUGAGUUCAACAACUUGACGUCACAGUCUAUAGAGUUGAGGUACAAGGCACAGACAGCCUAUUGCGAAGGUCUAUCACUCAAGAUGAUCACAGAGGGUACACGUGGCAACAUCACAAUCAAUCAUCAACCGACUAUAACAGGAGUAUUUGGACAAGGUACCACCAAGUUGGAGCUAUGUCCUACUCAUGACAUGGACAACUACAUGUCAUCAUCAUCAUCACACAACAAUCACCAACCAGACGACUGGUUGGACGAUGGCCCAGACAACCCAUCAAUGUCACAUCCACUAUACUCUGUAUAUUGGACCAAUGGAACAUAUAUAUUCUCAAUCCAAACCGAUUACAUACCAACAACAUCAAUCAAAUUCAUACUUUACUCUGCUCCAGUAUAUCCUGAGCAAGACUCCUCCUCCCCAUCACCAACUUCACAAUCAUGUGAUAACACAUUGUCCAACACUACCAAUCAUACAUGUUUGAAUGAUGGACAACUGAUACAUGGUCAUAACUUCCAAUAUUACACAUUCACAGUUGACAGGCCGAUGAAUCUAACCAUCGGAUGUUCACAUUAUACCAACGUAUUCGUUUCCGAUGUCGAUCCAAUCCCAUCCUACACCGUCCACACCUGGUUAUCACAUUCUGCAUGGGGAUACAUGUCAAUACCAGUUGGACCACAUGAAGAUGGACGACCAAAGGUGUUAUAUAUAUUAAUGGAUACUUUGUAUCAGAACUAUACAUGCGCGAUCAAUAGUAGAUCACCUCAUUGGUUGGUUCCACUGAUAGACCAUCAGGACACUUCAACAAAGUAUGCAUCGUCCAAACAAAAUGAUCUAUACUCCAGCGCACAGUUUAUACUCAGUGGACACACCAAUGAUGAUGAACGAGAUAUCCCCAACCUCAUCGCACUGUUCCCAAGACAAUACGCCAACCCAUUGUGGCCUGUUCAAUCGGACCUCUUUGACAUCUCCCACACCCUCGGCCAAUCAUGGAUGAAGGUGCACGGACUCUUUGACGAGUAUGACAAUGCACCAAAGAGGAGCAGCUUCCAGGCUGUGAUUGCACUCAACUAUUCAAUCAUUCAUCGCGAUCCUGUCAUCACCAACAACAUCUCUGUGUUUGACAAUGCGUCAAUCUGGUUCCAACCCGGUCGCCUAUACUUUGGUGAUGGCCAGCCCCUGUCUGGAAUGAUCCCUCUCACAAUGGACACCUCACCAAUCACUUGCGACUACAAUCAAUUCCAAGCACAAUCAAAACUACUCGCAGAGAUCAAUGCCAAAGUGAUCAAGUAUAGUAGUUUCAAUGAGAUACUUCAGGCCAGGAUGAAUGUCGACAUGAUAAUGGCGCGAGACACAUGGCUGGCGUGCCAGCACCAAGCCAACAAGAUGCUCAACCUCACCGACACUGUUGCCUACAUCAACACAACCAUGUAUGAGUGUGAUUUCGAGGGCCCAGGCUACGACCUCAAUCCAUGUUGUAACGUCUCGUUGCAAUAUAUGCAAUGUUGCCAGCCCCACCAGGUGACGAUCACGUCUAAGCAACACAUGAUUGAUCGACGUGCUGUUGAGUCAUCGUGCUCGAGUCCCAAGUGCACCGAGUCAGUCCUGGAGGACUACUUCACGACAUGGCUAGACCUCUACAAUGGCAAUUGUGACACAUUCACUCAGAACGAUGUCCCAACAUCACUGUCAUACAUCCAGGUGAUCGAUGAGUGCAAGGCCGUGUACAUCAAUCCUACAAGAUGCAACAACGACACACAAUGUGAACGACUUGGACUAGGCCAGUGCGACCUUAUCACACGGCAGUGCCUGCCAUCAAUAGAGUAUCAGGACCGACAGUACCUCCAAUGCCUGGCGAACGACAUCUCACAAUCAAUCAUCGAGUUUGUGUCGCAUAAGUACUUUGGAUGGUACAAUGGCACUGCAAGCUUUGCCAACGCGCUCUACUCAUUCAUGGUGCGCCAGGACUGCAACACAGGCAUUGGCACCGGCCUAGCCUACCGCACGUCAUUGAUCUACGACCUCCCCGACCUCAGCCCGACGGCGCAGUGCCUUCCGCCUCAGACUGCGUACGACCCAUCAUUCAGAUACGUACACGAUGCAUGUUUGGACUUUAGUUAUACAAGGAGUAGCGCUCUGUCAUUGAAUGCUGUUACAUGUUCGCUGGCGACUAUCUGCCCAUGGACAGGCUGCAACACAUUGUAUGAUCCAGAUUGUGCCAAUGAAUGUGGAGUCAAGUCCGAGUUCUGUGGAUACUGCUCACAAUCAAAUUCAACAAAGUGCAUUGACUUUGAUGGCCUUGGUACACCAUGCGAUCAGCUUGGACAUGGACAGAGACAACCAUGUGGAUAUCAAUGUACUGGAUUCAAAGGAUGCAUCUCAAUCAAUGUCCACAACGAACCAGAUUGUAUCCAACUCGGUGAUGGAUACAAAUGGGACAACAUAUCAUCACUCUGUCUCAAUGAUCAAUGUACCUCAUCCAGCGCAACGACUCAAUUUGAAGAUUGUUCAUCACGCGAUUACGGUGAGUGUUACUCACCACUAGGCCCAUCACUUUGUGUUGCCAAGCCAAUUCAAUGUAGAACGAAGGAUCAAUGUGAACAACACUCUGGUACAUGCUCCGAUCAGUUCUUCUUCACUCAAGACUAUGUGCCAUCGUAUCCACCUCAGUUGGGCAAGUGUGUCACCAAUCAUUCACUGAACAAAGUUCGUCAACCUUACUAUGUCCAUGCAUUUGGUGCGUGUGAUGUGGAGUCCGAGUAUGAUUCACCAAUGGGCUGCUUCAAGAUCCAACCAGUGGCACUCAGCAAGAAUGAAUGCAUUUCGCAACCUGGCCAAGCAUGGUGGACACCCUCAACAGCAUCAACAUGCGAGUCAUUCUUUGGAUGUAGAUUCAAUUUCCGUGAUCGAGUUGGAUAUGCAUUGUUCCAGAAUGAGGACAAGUAUACAGAGAUGGAUGAGAGUACCUGUGGUGGAUGCUCCGAGGACACAUACAGCUACAAGUGGCAACAAAAGUUCAAACUCAGACGUGGACAAUGGAUGAAUGGUGUGAUUGUGCAACCAAGAAAGAUCCAAACAUCAUUGAGACAGGCAGCCACAAUCAGUCCAACAUUGAUCCUGAACGAUGUCUACAACCUCCUUCUUCCAAGCAUCGAGGAGUACUUCCACGUCGACUUUCUCAAACGAAGUACAAUGUGUCGCGUAUCCCGUUUGAUUGAAAGUUUGGACUCGAUAACUUGUUCAUGUUCCGGGCCACUUGAUGCGCAUGGACAAUGCUUCAACUCAUCAGCACAAACAAUUGGAACGAGCAAGCCAUGUGAGAAUGAGGCGUCUUCAUUCGCCAUGUCAUAUGGAUGGAUCAAUUUCACCAAACAAUCAGUGAACUAUGCAUGCCAAGAUGUUUGUUGUUGGACAGAUCAGUCGACAAUUGUUCAAGGUGCCACCGAUAGAGACACUCACAUCCAGCUUCUUCUCAUACCAAUCAUUGGAGGACUUCUCAAUCUACCUUGA